AUGGACCGACAGCUGGAAGAGAAGGUGCAACACCAUGUCCGGAUCUGGUGGGGGCAGAGGGUGUCAUUGAGGAAGCACGGGCCACAUCAAGGUGGCAUUGAACGGUUCAACGGUGCAGAUACCGCCGUUAAUACCCCCGCGGGCAAGCCGAAAAUCUUGCAAGUUGCCAGGUUGCCUCCAUCAGUCGAUUAA